AUGCCUCUCGCCAGCCGUAACAGCAACCACAACAGCCAGGCGGGUUGUGGUCUGCCGAUUGCCGCUCCCGUCUUGGAACACCUGUGCCUUUUCACUCACGAUUUAAAACGAAAACAGAAGCGAUGGCAAGAUGGCCGCCUCAGAUUCCAUACAUUCAACAAACGCAUCAUGGUCUAUGAUGAGAGGGGAAAUUUCAUCGGCGAUAUGCACUGGCGCGAGGACUUUGACUUCGGUGAGGGCGAAGAAUUUAGCUUGGAGCGUGGAGCCGUCAUAGUUCAAGUCGCCGAGUGUAUCGGUAGCAAAGACCAAGACUUGACCGAGCUCCUCGAUAAGAGAGCCAAAGAGGUUGAACAGAGAUAUUCUCGCUCUGCUGCCACCGCUGCAAACCAACCACAUCCACCAAACCGGCCUUCAGUCCAGAACCCUCAAGCCCAAUACCGGCAACGCCAUCUGUCUGAAGUCUUCACUACUCCUCGCGGGCCACAGGGAAGGGCUGUCAUACCGACAACGUCACCAUAUGAAGAUCGACUCACAGCUCAACAGCCCUCGAGUCCCCAUGACGAAGCUCAAAGGCCAGCUAAGAGGAGGAAGAGAGAUGUGUCGCCGCCCAGCAAAUCAGGCUAUGCUCAGAAUCUUUUUGGAGCAACCCUGAAUCUAUCAUCUUGGUCGGCCAGCACCCCAGUACGAAGUCAGACUACACAAACACCCAAGAGCAUUGCUCCCUCUGGAGAGGCAUCGCAUCGCCCGGUCGCUCUAAGCAGAAGUACCAACCCCUGUCGGCCAAAGUCUUCUACACUUGUUGAUCUGACGGAAGAUGCCGGAGUACCGGUGAGCAAUACCACAGCCUCGGAAACAUGUGGGUGGGAAAUUCUGGCCACGAGUAAAACUAGUGCGCCAGCCAAGCAAGUCUCGUUAGGUCAAAGGCCCUUCAAGAGACCAGGCACGCAUGUCCACAGAGACAAAUCAGUCAAGAGGGACGUCGAAAUCAUUGCAGGGCCUACCGAGAAGCCGAGCCCUAGCUGUCGCCGAUCUGAUAAUCACCUCGAAGCCUCAAAGCAAGUGGAUGGAAGAAAAGGCACCAAGAGGUCGCAGGAUGUCAUACGAAAAGUAGCCACUCAGAAAAUAGAUCCUCGAUCUAAUGACGAUGCGCUGCGCAAAGCUGCGCGAUCCCACGCUCCAACCUCGGCAAAGAGGAAGGUGUCAGGAAUCUACGGACACCACCCAGAGAAUGAGAGUAGCUCAGCAGUGCCAGCAGUGCCUGUUACGGAGGGGCCUUCGGUACGAAAUGAAGAGGCUGUAAAUGCAGAAGAACCGAAGACCAGACUCCGCAUCAAGACCAGAGAAAAGCGCGGUCUGAUGGUGGCGAAGAACGUCACCGCGAAGAAUAAAGAAAGACAACCGGAUUCACUUACAGCUGGGCCGACCCGGUCGAAAGGACAGCUCAGGACGGAUGUCAUUAUUUCGGAGACUAGUCUUGCCACAUUACCUGUGUUGCCCGUCGAAAAUUCACGAGGGCUUCUGACGGAUGGCAGUUGCAUGGAGCCCAUGCCAGAGUCUAAACCGGCAGAGAUUGGUGUUGAUAUAGCGAAAGGCCACGGUCGACCCGGCCAAUUAGCCGAUAGUCUCGUCCAGCUGGAGACUCUCGACAAGGAAGCUUAUCAGUCAUCCGGAGAGUCUUUGCAGCCAGUGCGGACAAUGCGGACACGAAACUCUCGACUCCGCUCAGAACCGCAACACGACAUGGAAGAGAAGGACACCAACCCUGGCCCACGGUUGGCGUCUCUUGGUCGAAGGACUGUGAAAAGUAAGGAAAUCAUUGGCUCUUUUGAUAGAAGACAUCUUCGCCCAACCCUCGAAAUCUCAGUCGAGACUGUAGAUCCCCAGAGAGAACCCCCGGAUCCUGCUGGUAGUCGUUUUGAAGCCAACUCAUCGCCUUGCGAAACGUCCGACGGUGUUCGGCAAGCCAGCUUAGGGCCUGCCAGGGCGAGUCGACUGGAGAACCCGGCGACGAGGGGGCGGAAAGCGGCACAGAAGUCAGAUGCUAGUGGUGCUGCCCCGCAACCUGUCUUGCCAGCUGAUCUAGAUUCCUCUUAUGGUAGGAACUUUAGCAGAAGGAGCAACAGAUCAGAAGCCAGGCUUGGCGCUGAAACUGACGUGGCGUCGGGUGAAGUUGAAAAGAAGCUUCCGGGUUUUCAGAGGGCAAACGGAGGUCCCUGGAGCAAAGAGGCGUAUGAUUUGAUGGGAUGCACAAGGCCGGGGUGA